UAAUAAUACUCUAAGUGUGUGGAAAACCAGUUACAGCCGUGCGUUCAUCUUCACUUCUUAUCGGCGCCUCCAAAUCUAGGGUUUCACUCCUUAUCGCUCCCUUCGUCUUCAACCUCUAACGUUUGAAAUCAUGACGACUCAAAUGAGCAAGAAGAGAAAAUUCGUUGCCGAUGGAGUUUUCUUCGCUGAAUUGAACGAAGUUCUUACCCGUGAACUCGCCGAAGAUGGUUACUCUGGUGUUGAGGUUAGGGUUACUCCGAUGCGCACUGAGAUCAUCAUUAGAGCCACUCGUACACAAGCUGUUCUUGGUGAGAAGGGAAGGAGGAUCAGAGAGCUUACCUCAGUGGUUCAGAAGAGGUUUAAGUUUCCUGAGAACAGUGUUGAACUUUAUGCUGAAAAGGUCAACAAUAGAGGACUUUGUGCUAUUGCUCAAGCUGAAUCUCUUCGUUACAAGCUCCUUGGUGGUCUUGCUGUUCGCAGGGCCUGCUAUGGUGUUUUGAGAUUUGUUAUGGAGAGUGGUGCUAAGGGAUGCGAGGUCAUUGUCAGUGGAAAAUUGAGGGCCCAAAGAGCUAAAUCCAUGAAGUUCAAGGAUGGAUACAUGAUUUCUUCUGGGCAACCUGUCAAGGAUUACAUUGACUCUGCAGUUAGACAUGUGCUCCUCAGACAGGGUGUUCUCGGUAUCAAGGUGAAGAUCAUGCUUGAUUGGGAUCCUAAAGGUAAACAGGGUCCUAAAACACCCCUUCCUGAUAUUGUCACUAUCCACUCUCCAAAAGAAGAAGACGAAUAUGCCAGGCCUGCUGCUGUUUUGGCCACUGAUAUUGAGGUCCCUGCCCCCGUCCCAGUCCCCAUUGCUUGAAAAUGUUUUAAUUUUUAGUUUUAUGGAAUAUUUCGUAGUAGCUAAUUUGUUGUGCAAUGUUUGUUUUCAAACACUCCGUUCAAAAUUUUGUAGUUUCUCGACUCUUUAAGAAAGUUGUUAUACUUGGUUACAACUUUUUAAGCAUAAAUUAUUCCUUUUCAUUUUA